CCAAGCAGCCGCGCAAAGGAAGGAUUGAACGGCAACAACAAAUAUGGAGGCGUCUCCGUUCAGCUUCACACCGGAGAGGUACUGGACGGAGGAGAAAGAGAGGGCGCUCAUAGCGUUUUUCUCCAAGCACAGUUGUCUGUGGAACCACAAGUCAGAGAGCUACAAGAACCGACAGCUGCGAUGGAAAACUCUGGAACAUCUGAGGAUCCUUCUGUCAGCCCACCCCCCACCUGUCCGUUUCACCGUGGAAGACAUUAAGAACAAGUUCAAGAACCUUCGGACCACCUUCCAACGUCAGUAUAAAAUGGUGAAGGCGAGUAAGGUGUGCAGGUCGGAUGACGUGUUUGUGCCACAGUGGAAGCACUACCAGCAGCUGAUGUUCCUGCAGGGCUGCUGGGACCAGGAUGACGGCCCUGAUGACCUGCCGCUCUCGCCGCUGAUCGUCCCGCAGGAGGACAGCCAGCCCCUCCUCACCUCCCCAGGGCUGAUCAUCUCCUUCCUCCCCACUCCGUCCACCUCCUCCUCUUCUUCCUCGUCCUCCUGUGUCCCGUCCAACAUGAUGGUUAAAUGUUACUGGACUGAAGAGAGGGAGCGUGCGCUCAUCGCUUUCUACUCCGAGCACAACUGUCUAUGGAACAAGAAGUCUGAAAACCACAACAACCGUCAGCUCAGACUGAGGCUGCUGGAGGCUCUGAGGAGCCAGCUCUCCGACGCCUCAGUGUCUUUCUCAGUUGAAGACAUAAAGUGCAAGUUCAAAAACCUUCGGACAGUUUUCAACCGUGAAUACAAGGCGGUCCAGGCCAGCAGGGCGUCUGACAAACUCUACGUGUCCAAAUGGAAACACUACCAGCAGCUGCUCUUCCUGUGCGAGUCCUGCGACGAAGACGACAGCCCAGACGACCUGCAGAUACUGCUGCAGCAGGAGGACACGGAUCUGGAACAUGGAAACCAAACACCCUCCUCCACCCUGAGCAACUUCUCCUCCAGCUCCACCCAAAACAACAGCAUCAAGUUCAGCAAUUCCUCCACUGCCUCCAGCGACGCCAAAACCAGCACCAGCACCACAUACCAAAUCUUCCUCCCUGCAUCUCCAGAUCAUCUUAAACUAGCGGGCCAAACAACUGCCCCCACCCUCCCCACCUCUCCGUCCACUUCACUGCCAGAAACCAAACCUUGCACAAACCCCUCCCCUCAAAAUUUGUCCAGUUCGGUUCAGCCAGACAGCAGACUGAGCGCAGACACCCGCUGCCACUGGAACGAGGCCAAAGUUCAGCAGCUCAUAUCAUUUUACUCUGAGCACAGCUGUCUGUGGAACCACAAGUCAGAGAGCUACAGGAACAGACUGUUGAGACAGAGCCUGUUGGAGACGCUGAGCAACCUCCUGUCUGACAAUGAGCCGGUCCCAUUCACAGUGGAAGACAUAAAGACAAAGUUCAGGAACUUGCGGACCAUCUUCCAACGUGAACACAAGGCGGUGAGCUCAAACAAAACAUGUGGGUCGGAGGACUUUUACUUUCCAAAGUGGAAACACUACCGUGAGCUGAUGUUCCUCUGCGACUCCUGCGACGAGGACGAGCGGCCUGAAGACCAGCACUUCCCCGAGCCCCAAGAGUCCAGCCUCCUCCACCUGGACUGCCAAGCCCCUCCCUCCUCCCUACAUUACCACGGCGCCACCCAAACUGCUACCAAACUGAACAUCACUUCACGGAGCCUUGAAGCCCCUCCCUCGCCUACUCCCCCAGACUCCCAGCACUCCUCCCCCUCGUCCUCCCCCUCCACAUCCUCCUCUCACACUGACAGCAGAGUGUCAGGACGCAAGCGAGCGAGCCGGCGCCUGCCACCCACCAGCAGCGAGGUGCUGGACUUCAUGAGAACGCUGUGUCAAAGCCAGGCGGUGUCACCGCACGCAGGCUUCCUGAAGUACGUAGAGGAGUGUCUGAACGAGACGCCGCCAGACAAAGUGAAGAAACUGAAGAAGAAGAUCAUAGAUACGAUCCACAGUGUGUCAGAGGAGGUUUAGUGUUUGUGGAGUCAGUCAGGUAGGUCAGUCUCACUGGACACCAAACCUUUCAGCAGCAACACCUUUACUCUUGUGCAUCGUUUGGAUUUUACAUCUCACAGCUACCCUCGGUUAGUUCAGUGGGUCAGUGACAUUUCACUGUUCACUAAUGAGAUGACAGCUGUCCGAAGAUGUAAGUGCAAGUGAACCGUGAUGGAGUUCCCAGAAUGAUAAAAUUCCACCUUAAAAUCAUCACAACACAAUCUUUGCAGGACGACUGCAGCAUGGCUGAAUGUCAGCAGUCAGAAAGGGCAGCUUGAAUAGGCAGCACAUAAAGAAUGGCACGUACCAGAAAUAAUUCUCUAAACCAUUAGUUUUGUGUCCCAAUACACACACCUGCAGUGUUGAGCAUUUAACAUGCGCUGCCAGGUAGACAGGCAAGUGUGUCCCGUGUCUGAAAUAUGCCAGCACACACUACAUUUAACCCACACUUCUUCAAAAUGGUAUUCAGAGCUCAGUGUAUCCCACAGUUGUGCCAGAUCAGUCCAGUUGUUGAUAGUGUGCCUAUAGGUUAGUUUUACACAUGAAGAAGAUAAUGACAUGAUUGAUUCAGCCUGAAUAUUAUUAUUUAUGUCUAGAGUUAUGGCAGAAAUGUCUUCACGUCACGUAAUAUGAAUCCGUUUUUCUUGAUGGGACUGAAAAUAACACUGCAUAUCUGACACUGUCAAGGUAAUUAUUAAAUAUCUUUGUACAUUCAUCAAAGAUGUUAAGAAAUAUGUUCCGUCCCUAAAAAUUGUCAGCCAGCCACCAUCAAAAUAAUGUCAUAUAUAAUUUCUCUUAUGCCUUAAUUUCCCCUCUGGGAUGAAUAAAGUACCUAUCUAUCUUAUGUACAGUAAAUCUAUGUGCCUAGACGUCACAAGAGUAGGCACUAAACUACUUGCAAAUACAGCAAGUGUGAGUAUUGGGAUGGACCCUUAAAGUCUGUAGCCAUAUUAGCAGCCCUGUGAGGCUGUAACGGUUUUUACACACCAAAAAGAGUUGUUUUGAGUUACGACCUUCAUUUCAUUUUAGCUCAUCUCAGACUCAGCUUGUCAAGAUCUUAUUGGUACAAAACAAGCAUUUAGCACCUUACCAUGUUUUAAAGGUUCCAUAUGUAAGAUUUUGGAGCUGGUUAUAACGUCACUUAACAAAAUUUACUUAACUGAUCUCCAAAGGUUGUGACUUGUCAUGAACGCUCCCGAGUCCCUUCUCAACAGUGUGCAACUCGAGCUAAGAUUAGCUUAUGAUGAGCCAUACUCACCAGAGGUAGUAGGCAGUGAGGGUACUGAUGUGGACAAAAAUCAGAAGUGCUGGUACUCGGUACCGGCCCAUUUCAGACACUCAAAUGGAGCCCACUAACGUCUACAAAGGACCGGCACCCCCCAUUACACAAAGUCCAACGUCCAAGCUAACAUUACUUCUACUGUACUGAAAUAUAUUGUGACAUUGUGGUUUUAGCUGGCUAAUGUCAGCUUGCUUGUUAACAAGCAUUAAUUGUUUGCUAGCUAAUGUAGCAGAAUACUGUCAGCUUGCUUGCUGUGUGCAGGUUACUUUGUUGGUAGGUGUUGCGGGGUGGUCAGCUCCAGAUAGCGUUUUUUAGUCUAGCUGGGUUACAGCUAGCUGUUCUUUAAAUGUGAUUGUAAUUUAUGUUCCAGCGUUCAGUCUGGUGUAUGUCACUUUAGGCUGAUGCCCAGGAUGAUGUACGCAGUGUGACCAUGAGCAACAGGACGCUGACUGCUAUUAACUUAAGUUACAUAUAGAACCUUUAAGCUUUAAGCCAUGAAGUAAUAUGCAAGAGCAUAUUCUAAUUGUAUGUUAACAGCACUAAUGCUGGCAUUUGUAACACUUAUUCAUAACAUUAUUUCUCUAAUUUAAUGUUUGUGUUAUUACGUGAUUGUUUUUAAAGGGUUAGAAUCAACCCACACAAACUAACCAAUUGAGGCAGCGAUAGACCAGCAACUCCUGUGUUCUGUGAGGUCACUGUUACUGUUUUUGUCAGUGGAGUCUGACUGUUGCAAUAUGCAUCCCUCUCUUGUUUCUGGUUAAACAAAAGGGAUCUUAUUCUAUAACAAUAUCUCUGUAGAGAUCCUUUCCAUGUUGUCAGACACUCACAAUCUGAGCCCGUCAGUGGCAACAACAAACACUUUUAGUAGACUUACUUUGACGGGCACAAUUGCCCCCGAGGAUUACAUUGCAGCAAUUUUAGCCUGUUUCUACAGCUUGUUGUACCUAUUAGCCAUUUAGACCCCAAUAUGUGAAAACUGUGCCCAGGUUUAAACACCUGGGAAUUACCCUUUACUGCAAACACUAGCAUAAGAUUAGCGUUUCAGUCAUAAUAGACUGAUCCUGAAACAAAGCUUUUGACCAGUGGACAUUUUUAUCUGUUGGUGGCAAAGAUCAGGGGCCCCACUAAAGUCAUGUAAAUCUGGACCAUGUUGGGCUGACUGACUUUGUAUUGUUGCUGCUAUCAUUGGCAAAACCACAACUGAAUUUUAUUUAAAGACAAAGCCAAACCUUCAUCACAAAAACAAAAAAGGAAUGUCAUUAGACUAGGGAAGAUAGAGAGCAGUGUAAAGUUCAGCUUCAUUCCCUACACUCAAUGUGCUUUGUCCCACUGUGCUGUCACAAUGAUGAGAUUCAUUCUAACAUUACACUUACAACCACUAUUUCAAAUGAUGAUUUUAUAUAUAUAUUUAGGCUUGUCACUGCAGUAACAGUAAAAUUGCUCACAUUAACUAGGAGAAUGUUUUCACCAAGAAAUCUAAAUUUAAGUGCUUUGUGUUUUUUAAAAAAAAUCUGUUUAGAGGGAAUUAAUUACAACACAAGCCAGCUGUCACUUACAAAAAGCCAUGGGACUGUGUUUUUUCUAAAGCCAACUUCUGUCCAGCUCUGGACUCUCAGCUGCCAAAUUUCUGCCAUCUGCCUUCACUGAAGUAAUAAUCAUCCAUUUUUGUGGUGAAAUUGAGACUUAAUUUUGAUACUUGUGUUCUUCAAACUAAGAAUUCAGCCGUAAAAGAUCACUUUUAUUUUCUGAAAUUCCAAAAGGAUGGUCAACCAAUAGCUGUGGUGGGUAAUAAACCUCGUUAAUUUAUUUUAGCUUUAGCACUUAUGGGGGAAAAUCAACGUUAUUGCCAAAACGACUUAGUAAAUGUUGCACUGUCCGUUGGAGCUGAUAACAGAUCAUGUAAAACUGUAAUCAAACGUAUCAUUUUAAAGUUUGUCUUCAUUAUUUAACAUGUUAUGAUGUUAAUGGACAAUAAUAAUAUAAGUACUGUAACUUCUUUUUAAUAUAAGUCUGAAAAUGUUACAUUUAACUUUUCUUUGAUCAUCAACUUGCAUCAGCUGCAAGCAGUCCUGUUUCUAAAAAAAUCUAUGCAUGUAAAGUUGUUAAAGAAUUCAGUUCUUAUUCAGUGUUAAAGAUUUAGGUUUUGAUUAAAUCCAAAUCUUUUGAAGCAAUAAUGGUAAUUGAAUUUGUUUGCCCCAGUUAUGUGUUUUAUAAACAUGUUUUAUGAAUUGCACAUUUAUAUAUGAAUGAUUUAUAUCUUUCUUUGUUUGGUGUUUGCAUAUGUCUGUUUAAAUUGUGCCUUAUCAGAAUCACACAAACUGUAUUUCCAGUAAAUGUGGGGACAUUUUUCUUUUCAACUUUAGACUAUAUGUAUCUUAUUUGAUUAAAUGUACAUAUAUAAGAACCA